GCCUCGUAAUAUCGUUCUUCCACUACGCCGCGGACCAUGCCCGAUUCGAGUGAUACUGGGCGGUUAGCGAGCGUUUUACCUCCGCAUAGACCUCCAUCCACCACGGCAAUGCGGAACAGCAUACCACCGACAUAGAAGCGCGCUCUUCUUCGUAAGUGUUCUUCAAGCUCUGUUUUGAUGGACCCAUCACCCGCCGCUUCUAUAAAGGUCGACAAGGUUGCGCUCUCGAAAGGCCAGGACGUUCGGUUCUACCGGUCGUCUCGUCAAGCUCGGCACUCAAGAUGUUCGCGCCUCUCUGUCGCUUCCUGUUCGCCGCUUUCGUCGCCGGCGCCGCUCUCGCCGUUCCGCACAGCGGUUACGGCGGCAAGCACGGCUCGUGCACUACCCCAACGAUCCGCAAGGAGUGGCGUACGCUUAGCGCUCACGAGCAGGCCGCGUUCCUAUCUGCGGUGAACUGCCUGGCGACGGUCCCACACAACACGUCCAUCGCCCCGGAUGGCAGCGAGCCCGACGUGCCGCCCGUCAACGCGACGAGCAAUCGGUACGAUGACUUUGUCUUCACGCAUAUGGAUGGUGUGAUCCGGAACCACUUCACUGGAGUCUUCCUGAGCUGGCAUCGCUGGUUCUUGCACACCUUCGAGUCGGAGCUCAAGUCGCACUGCAACUUCCAAGGCACCCUGCCGUACUGGGAUUGGUCUUUGGACGUGGCAAACAUCACCGCCGCUCCUCUGUUCAAGUCCGACCCACACACCGGCUUUGGCACCUUCAACCCCGACCCCUCCGUUAACUUCAGCGUCACGGACGGCGCGUUCGGUCACACCAUCCGCGCGUACCCCACCCCGCACCUCGUCGGACGCGACUUCCGCCCCCAGCCCUUCGAGACGGAACUCCUGCCCUUCCCUUUCACCGAGCCCGACAAGCUCGCGACGGCCGCGUUCACGCCCUCUGAGAUCGAAUUCAUCACGACGCACUUCACCGGGAACUACACCGACUUCCAGGCGUACAUGGACGGCGUCACGUCGGAGAACGGACGGGCGGAGGGCAUGCACAACGCCGCGCAUCUGAUGAUGGACGGCGACAUGAGCAACCUCGCGCACUCGCCGAACGACCCGGUCUUCUUCCUCCACCACGCGAACCUCGACCGCAUCUGGCGCACGUGGCAGCUCAACGACCCGGCCAACAAGUUCGCCAUCGGCGGCGGGCUCACCCAGAACCUGACCAACUACGACGACUGGCCGGCCGGCGCCCCGCCGUUCGUGACCGCGAACGUGCAGCUCAAGUUCAGCGGGUUGACGGAGGAGCCGCUGCUGGGCCAGGUGUUGGACACGGAGGGCGGUCUGCUGUGUUACGACUACGUGAACCUAUAA